AUGUUUUCCAUUUGGAUGUCUUUUAUUUAUGCAGAUGACCAUGCUGAUCUGUCUUUUCAGACGGGUCUGAGAGAUACCCUUCAGGACUACAACAGGAAAAGACAACUGAAAUCCAGUAGUACCUUGCCUGUCUCUCUGACUGAAAUGAAAAGCAACGUGUUCACUGGGAGGCGGCCUUUCAGCACUUCACACUCAUCAGUGGAUUCAGAGGAAAUGAAAAAAUUCCAGCUCCUUGCACAUAAGUGGUGGGAUGAAGAAGGAGAAUAUGCAGCCCUUCAUUCUAUGAAUGAUAUUAGAGUGCCAUUUAUUAGAGAUACUCUGUUGAGCAUGAGUAGUAAUUAUCAUCUGGGAAAUCCACUUUCUGGAAUCAAGAUUCUUGACGUGGGCUGUGGUGGAGGACUGCUGAGUGAGCCUUUAGGUAGACUGGGAGCUUCAGUUACUGGAAUUGAUCCUGUGGAGGACAACAUUAGAACAGCAGAUCGGCACAAGUCAUUUGAUCCGGUCCUGGCCAAGAGAAUACAGUACAAGUCCAGUUCACUGGAGGAGAUUGUGGAAGAGUCUAUGGAAACCUUUGAUGUAAUUGUAGCUUCUGAAGUAGUGGAGCAUGUGGCUGACCUUGAAACGUUUAUCAAGUGUUGCUCUCAGGUGUUAAAGCCUGAAGGUUCUUUAUUCAUUACGACAAUCAAUAAAACACAAUUGUCCUAUGUCCUGGGAAUUGUGGUUGCAGAAAAAAUAAUGGGGAUUGUACCAGAAGGAACACAUGAAUGGGAGAAAUUUGUUCCCCCUGAAGAGCUGGAGCGCCUCCUGGAAUCAAAUGGCUUUUCAGUCAGGAGCGUGAAUGGGAUGCUGUAUAAUCCGCUCACGGGCUCCUGGAGCUGGGUGGAGAGCACCAGCCUGAACUACGCGCUGCACGCAGUCAAGUCUGGGGCUCCGGCGCAGUCACACGCCACAGAGCCCCUGCCAGAGACAGAUGUUCAACAGCACUCGGCCACAGCUGGCACAGCUGGCACCGUCCCAGGCAGAGCUGUCUGACGUGUGUGGUGAUGGACUGUCACCAGAACAGAAAAUGAGCUUUUACUCGGAUGGACACAAUAAAACCUUUGCCAACAACAAGCUUCCUGUUUGCAUCAAUAUACAGGCGCUAUUUUUGGUCACGUACUUGGGGCGCUCUGAAAAAAACCAAGUGCCCACUAUUAUUGUAAAAUCAGGCAACCCCAACGUCUGGGAAUGAUUGGCAUCUGACUCCAUGGCUUUGGAAUGUUGAAUGCUCACUUUAUUAAAACUAUAUUAUAUUACAUUAUACUGUAUCAAAGAGAUACAUAAUAUAUUAUACUUCUAACUACUCAAAAACUAGUGACUCUGCCCGAGAGUCCCAACCCACACACGUGGAUCCAGUUGGUCACCUUGGGUAAACAAUCUCCAGAAUACAUUCCACUUGCACACAAACACAGGAGCAGCAAAUGAGAUAAGAAUUGUUUUGAUCAUUCUUUUCUCUGCUUCUCCAGGAAAAACCCUGAGAGAGAGGAUUGUCUCUCUCUGUUCAGAGAAUGUGAAUCCCACACACUAUCUCAGGAAUCAUUUAAGAUUGAAAGGAGCAAAAGUUUUAAAGAGUAAGUAUUUUCAUGAGAAAAUAGUUUCAAAUUGUUGGACAGGGAAAUGCAAAUUAUUCUGUUGGUAGCUUGGAGGGAGCUUUAUUAGUAGUAGUGCUUUCAGUCCUGCUGGUAUUCAGUUCUCCAUAGAAUAAUGGCGUAGAUGUAGAGUGAGUUAAAAACCACAAUGCUGUACAAUAAAUAAAACGCCUUAAGUAUUUAAGAUACUCAACUCUGUAAAAAAUAUAUGAAACUCUUAAGAUCUGCAAAGACUUUUUUCUGUAAUACACCUUUCUCCCUGAGCAGGGCAAACAAAAUAGCAAACCUUUACUGUUGAGUCCUGCUGUUUCUGUAACUCUGAAAUGGAAGAAGAGUCUCUGAGACCAGAGUGCCUCAGCUGUCAAAGCCCCUUCACAAUAAUGAUACUUGUAUCUGUGCCUAUUUUUCAACUUUCUCCCUCUGCCCAAAUAAAGAGAAGCUACAGGUAAAAUUUUACUAAGCAACCAGAGCUCCAUGCUAGAAGAACGACACAUUCUGUCCUACAACUGAGGUGCCAUGCCUAUUUAUUCUUAAUGUUCUAGAGCCUGGAUAAGGAAGAGUCAUUUACAAUGAAACAGAACUUUCUAAAUAAAGUGUCAUGAGCGUGUCUAUGACUGCA